AUGCCGCGAAACGCUGUCACUAUUCGCAAAGUCGAAGGCGACCCCGGGAAGGUGUACUAUCCGCUCGAGAGAAUGACCUACGUCGAACCAGAGCCCGAGAAAGAGGAGGCCAUUGUGCAAAUGACGGCAGCAGCUCUCAAUCAUCGAGACUUUUUCAUCCGAAAACAUCUCUAUCCGGGUACGACAUUUGGGGUUCCUCUCCUGUCCGAUGGCUGCGGUGUCGUCUCUGCGACAGGGUCGUCGGCCGAUGCCAAAAGGUGGUUGGGGAAGCGAGUUAUUCUGAAUCCAGGCGUCGGGUGGGAGUCCAGUCCUGAAGGACCUGAGGACUCGGCGGGAUAUAGAUAUCUCGGGGGGACCAAGUUUCACCUGCAGGGAACUUUGUCCGAGACUGUUCGUGCCACCUGGCUUGAGGUUGAGGAGGUCCCAGAACACCUGACUGACAUCGAAGCUGCUGCUUUGCCACUAGCCGGACUGACUGCCUGGCGGGCUCUUGUCACCAAAAGUGGAGCCGCGGCUCCAGGUCGGAAUAUCCUGGUCACGGGCAUCGGAGGCGGAGUGGCUUUGAUGGUGUUGUUGUUUGCAUCAGCAAUGGGAGUCAACGUUUAUGUGACCAGUGGAUCAGACGAAAAACUCGAGAAAGCCAGGUCCCUCGAAGCCCGCGGAGGGGUGAACUACAAAGCCAACUCGUGGGAGAAAGAGCUUCUGAAGUUGUUGCCUGCGGAAAUGCCUUUCUUUGAUGCGAUUAUCGACGGGGCUGGGGGCGAUGUCGUGCAAGGAGGUGUGAUAGUGUCAUAUGGUAUGACCCUCGGCCCUGAAGUAACCUAUUCAAUGAGUGCUGUUUUGAAGAAUAUCGAGAUACGUGGGUCUACAGGAGGCUCUCGCAAGGAAUUUCGUGAUAUGGUCCGAUUCGUCAAGGACCAUCAUGUCCGUCCGGUCAUCUCGUCCGUGGUCACCAAUGCUCUGGAGGAUCUGGGGGAGCUGGACAAGUUGUUCGACAAGAUGAAGGACCAGAGCCAAUUUGGAAAGCUGGUCGUCACAAUCGGCCAAGCUCAGGCAAACCCUGGUACACCUGUAGGAACCCAGAAGGGUCAUAAAAUAUGA